GGAGAGGAGCAGUGUGCACGCGACUUGUGUGUGUCAGUCUCAAGUGUCGCCAUGUCCCGAUUACUGGCCGCCGACUGGUGCGAGGAGCUGCCCACCGAACCUUACCUGCUUGAUGCCAGUGACCCCCGAGCCUGGCUCUCCAGCCCCGCACUACCCUCCGCCCCAGACUACCUACUGUCCCAGGCCGCCGGGAGGAGGCACAAGGUGUGGAAGCUGCAGGUGGAGGACGAGGAGGAGGAAGAUGAGGAGGACGAUGAGGAGGAUGAGGAGGACGGCCACCAGAGAUCAGGGAAAGCCCCUCAUGGGGUCCAGAAACAACGCCGACUGGCAGCCAAUGCCCGGGAGAGGAGGAGGAUGCACGGACUCAAUCAUGCCUUCGAUCAGCUCCGGAAUGUCAUCCCCUCCUUCAACAACGACAAGAAACUUUCCAAGUAUGAGACCCUACAGAUGGCUCAGAUCUACAUCAAUGCCUUGUCCGAUCUUCUCCAGGUCCCCCCAGAAAAUCCCCCACCCUGCUCCAACUAUGGAGGGGAAGCAAGGAGGUUCCCAGCAGACUAUCCUUUGCCCCUAGACCCCAUCAACUACUCCAGCCACAAGUCUCCUUCUUCUUCUUCUCCACCUACCCAGUCCUCAGGAGAAGAGGGCAAACCUUCACCCAGAGGUCACAGGAGCGAUGGAGAGUUCUCCCCCCACUCCCACUACAGCGACUCCGAUGAGGUCAGCUAAAGGACUGAUUAGUAAGGGCACCUGUGAGUACCCACCAUGAACUUUGGACCAACACAACAAGUGUCAACAGGAGCCACUUCUACCCCCAGACACAACCUGCCAUUAACCCAACCAUUCAAUGGGUUAAUCCAUAGAUAUAUAUUAUGUCAUGUUUAUUGCCUUCUGAUUUGUGUCACCAUGCCAUUCUGCCAAGGUUGUCUAUUAUAUCCAGAUAUAUAUCUUUUUUUUUUACCCCUUUUCUAUUCUUUUU